UCAGGGAGUGGGGCUAUAUAUUCUCCCUCAGAAAUAAUGAACGUUGAUUGCGGGUUUUCUACAUCCCAAACUGGCAACCUGCAUGUUGUUCAGUGGGAGGCGCUAGUCCGCAGUAGUUUCUGGAAGGAACCUCAUGCUUGCACCAUGGAGAAAGUUUCAGCAUUGAAAGACCAAGGCAACAAGGCGCUGAGUGCAGGAAAUAUUGAUGAGGCUGUACGUUGCUACACCGAAGCUGUGGCCCUCGACCCUUCAAACCAUGUCCUGUUCAGUAACCGCUCAGCUGCCUACGCCAAGAAAGGCAACUACGAGAAUGCUCUCCAGGAUGCCUGUCAGACCAUCAAGAUCAAGCCUGACUGGGGCAAGGGCUAUUCCCGCAAAGCUGCAGCACUGGAAUUUCUUGGCCGAUUGGAGGACGCUAAAGGAACUUACCACGAGGGACUCCGGCAAGAGCCAAAUAAUCAGCAGCUAAAGGAGGGUUUACAGAACAUUGAAGCCCGGCUUGCAGAGAAAUCAAUGAUGAACCCCUUCGCCAUGCCCAACUUGUAUCAGAAGCUGGAGAAUGAUUCUCGGACCCGUGAGCUACUGUCAGAUUCCAGCUACAGAGAACUGCUGGAGCAGCUCAGGAACAAACCAUCGGAGCUUGGCACGAAGCUGCAGGAUCCCAGAGUGAUGACCACUCUCUCUGUGCUGCUCGGACUGAAUCUCUCUGAGAUGGAAGAAGAUGACGAGCCCACUCCCCCUCCUCCCACCAAACCCAAAGACACUCAGCCACCUCCUCCCAAAGAGGAAGACCUUCCCGAAAACAAGAGAAAGGCUAUGAAAGAGAAGGAACUUGGGAAUACUGCAUAUAAGAAUAAGGACUUUGGUGCAGCGCUGAAACAUUAUGAAGAAGCAAUCAAACAUGACCCCACCAACAUGACCUACAUAUCUAAUCAAGCAGCUGUGUACUUUGAGAAGGGAGAUUUUGAGAAGUGCCGAGAGCUGUGUGAGAAGGCCAUCGAUGUUGGCAGAGAGAACCGGGAAGACUACAGACAAAUUGCAAAGGCCUUGGCUAGGAUUGGAAACUCAUACUUCAAGCAGGAUAAAUACAAAGAAGCAGUUCAGUAUUUCAACAAGAGUUUGACGGAGCAUCGUACACCCGACGUUUUGAAGAAGUGUCUACAGGCAGAGAAGAUCUUGAAGGAGGAGGAGAAACAAGCCUACAUCAACCCUGACUUAGCACUGGAAGAGAAGAGCAAGGGCAACGACGCCUUCCAGAAAGGAGACUACCCCUUAGCCAUGAGGCAUUACUCCGAAGCCAUCAAGAGAAACCCCGGUGAUGCCAAACUCUUCAGUAACAGAGCUGCCUGUUACACAAAGCUGUUGGAGUUUCAACUUGCCCUGAAGGAUUGUGAAGCGUGCAUCAAACUUGAGCCCGCCUUCAUAAAAGGCUACACGCGUAAAGGAUCUGCCUUGGAGGCCAUGAAAGACUUUACAAAAGCUAUGGAUGCGUACCAGAAGGCUCUGGAGCUUGAGCCUUCCUCAAAGGAAGCCACAGAAGGCCUGCAGCGCUGUAUGGUCAGUCAGACCAUGAGGAAUGACAGUCCCGAGGAUGUGAAGAAAAGGGCCAUGGGUGAUCCCGAGGUGCAGCAGAUUAUGAGUGACCCUGCCAUGCGCAUGAUCCUUGAGCAAAUGCAGAAGGACCCUCAGGCGCUUAGCGACCACUUAAAGAAUCCAGUCAUUGCUCAGAAGAUUCAGAAACUGAUUGAUGUCGGACUGAUAGCCAUUCGUUGAUGAAAACCAAGAGACUUCAAGACAACAAUGGAAAUUCCUCCAAAAUAUUACAUCCAACUUUCUUGCCUUCAAAUUCAAAAUUAUACUGUCGUUAGUCUCCCUGAGACUUUGUGUGUAUGUUAUGUUUUUUUUUUUUUAAUCAGUUUUGCAAUUUUUUCAUUGUAUUUAAGAAAGCAUCUUGUAUGUCAUCUGGAAAACUUUAGUAUUCCAGAAAGCACCAUAUGAAAAACAACUGGAUUUGUGUGUACAGAUGCUCAAUUACAUCUUAAAAUAAGCAGCACAAUUCCGUGCACCAGCACGCACAGUGUUUAAAGGGGAAAUCCACCCUAAAGCAGUUCACAUAUUCCUAUUGGUUCAAGGAAAUAUAAAAAACACUCAAAAUAAAGAUGGUAAUGUAGAUCACAAAUUGAAGUUGUCAACAUUGGUCACUGUUCUUAACUCUCUUGUCGUCCUCUUUUAGGCUUGACUAAACAUGGCGCUUUAACGCUGAGGUGUCCAGUUUGUUAGCCUCUCUGUUGGUCAUCUCCCACACCUCAGGUGGAAAGCUGAGUCUACUGGCCACUCACAUGCAGGUCCUGAAUCUUCUAAGCAUGUUAGGUAUUAUUUUUGUACUUAAAAUGCAAAAUAUUUGAAAUUAGUUUGUGAGCCUUGCUAUUUUUUUGGCUUAUCAGAUGGUAUUAUUUGUGUACAGCUAAUUUCAGGAAAGCGUUGAGCGUUUCCUUGAUUGUGGUGGCUAGAAGAUGGAGCUAGACAAAUUGUAACUGGGAUUGGAAGAACACUAUUCAAUGCCAUCAAGUGUCUAGGGAUAUAAGUGAUUUAAGAUUGAUUGUUAACGUUUUAUUAAACAAGUUCAUACAGCAAUUAAGGUAGCCAUGUUAUUGUUUUUUAAUAGUCAAAAAUUAAAAACUUGGAGGCAAAGCUCUUGUGCCAGUUGAAGUAUCAGCAAGACACAAGAAUACUGUGGAAAAUUCACUUCUCUGUGAGAACGAGCAUGGUGAGUUGACAUUGUCAUGAUUUGGCGAUCAAGUUUAAACUUGGCCACAAGAGGUUUGUCGAUAAUUCAAGUCAAUAGUAGAUGCUUUUGACUGGCCUUAAAUAUUAGUUUUCCCAAACCUGAAAGUAGAGGGCUGCUGUUCAAAAUGGGACAACUUGCCUGGCUUGAAUAUUACAAGACAAUGGGAAUACUGUGAAAGUUAAAGGGUGGAUUUACCUUUCUAAACUAGCAACUAUUGGUUGAUUAAUGGGGGUCAUAAUUUUCUCACUUCAUGAUGCAUCUUUAAUGUUUGUCGGCUUGUCUUGUUAGAGUACUGAAGCCCCACUGCUACCUGUCUCUACUUCCUAAUAUGCCCAGCGAGGCAGUUCCUCCCACAGCGGCAGACUGCUCGGCGUAUGAUGAAGUGUUAAUACUGCUAUGACACGUGACUUCAGAUACCUCAAAGUCAACACAUCGUCAUAGUAUCUCUGUGCUAUGGUUUCCAAGAGGGAAUCAAAUAUGUUAGAAAUUAACUGUGACACUUUUUCUUUUCACAUUAACACAGCAGAAAUCUAGAUUUCCCUGUAAUUUAUGGCAAAGAACACCGCAGAAAUGGAAGGCGAGGGCAUUUUUACGUCAAAGUCCCAUUGUAAUCACAAACUCCACGACAAACGUGGAACUCACAUGAUGUAAUAGAAACUCCCAAGAAGUGUCAUGUACCAAUGGAAAUCAGUUGUACAGUGAAAUAUACAGUAUCUGAAUGUAUUUUAAAGGUCAGUGGUGGCUUUUUGUUUCCUAUAAGACCAACAAUGUUGACUUGACAGUGACUCAAUGCAGUAGUAAACCGGCAUUUUAUAGUAAGGGCUUAGUCAGUGUGAUUUUAAAACCUUACAGUAACACCAAUAAAAAAAUACAUUGAGAGAUUCUUCAUACAAA